CGCGCCCGCCGCUCUUCAACCGCCGCCGCCGGCGCCCCGGCCCGCCGCCCGCGCUUCAUGGCUGCGCAGGAAUGGGACUGGUUCCAGCGCGAGGAGCUCAUCGGGCAGAUCAGCGACAUCCGCGUGCAGAACCUGCAAGUUGAGAGGGAAAAUGUUCAGAAGAGGACUUUUACUCGAUGGAUAAAUCUACAUCUUGAAAAGUGUGAUCCACCUCUAGAAGUUACAGACCUCUUCGUUGAUAUACAAGAUGGCAAAAUCCUCAUGGCUUUGUUAGAAGUCCUGUCCGGGCGGAAUCUGCUGCAUGAGUACAAAUCCUCCUCGCAUCGGAUUUUUCGGUUGAACAACAUAGCGAAAGCACUUUCUUUCCUGGAAGAUAGCAACGUAAAACUGGUUAGCAUCGAUGCAGCAGAAAUAGCGGACGGCAACCCCUCUCUGGUUCUCGGGCUGAUAUGGAACAUCAUCCUCUUCUUCCAGAUUAAGGAGCUCACGGGCAACCUCAGCAGGAGCUCCCCAUCCUCCAGCCUGUCACCCGGCUCGGGGGGCACAGACUCGGACUCCUCCUACCCACCCACGCCCACCACCGAGAGGAACGCGGCCAUCGCGGUGAAAGACCAGAGGAAGGCCAUCAAGACCCUGCUGGCCUGGGUGCAGAGGAAGACGAGGAAGUAUGGCGUGGCAGUGCAGGACUUUGCGGGCAGCUGGAGAAGCGGGCUGGCUUUCCUGGCUGUGGUCAAGGCCAUUGACCCUAGCCUGGUGGACAUGAAGCAGGCCCUGGAGGAGUCACCGAGGGAAAACCUAGAGAAGGCUUUUCGCAUUGCACAUGAGGCCCUGCACAUCCCCAGGCUCCUGGAGCCGGAAGACAUCAUGGUUGAUGUGCCGGACGAGCAGUCCCUUGUGACCUACGUGGCACAGUUUCUAGAACGUUUUCCGGAGCUGGAAGCCGAAGAGUUCGUGGAUCCAGAUAAAGAAGUUCCCAUCGAGUCCACUUUUGUCCGCAUCCGAGAAACUCCUCCUGACCAGGAGAGCAAGGUCCUCCUCCUGACACAGAAUGGAGAGCGAACCUAUACCACGAACCAUGAAACCAGCCACCCGCCCCCUGCCAAAGUCUUCGUCUGCGACCGGCCUGAGUGUAGCACAUCCAGCAGCAUGUCAGACAGCUCCGCCGAGUUCGUGCACCAGAUCAUCGACCAGAUCCUCCAGGAGGGGCCGGGGAAGACCGGUGCCACCAGCGAGUCCACUCCCGAAUCUUCCAUCUUGUCCACCAGAAAGGACAGCCGCAGGUCCAGCCUUCUGCCCACCAAGAAAACUGUGCACUUUGAGGAUGGCACCUACAAGGACACUUCCUAUAGCCAGGAGCCUUUCUACAGCCCCGACUUUCGCUUUGAAGGGAGUCCGAGGGCAGUGAGGGAGCUACUGAGGCAGGGCAGGCAUGCCUCAGUGGAGGAGGAUGUCGAAGAAAGGAAACUGGAAGAGGCAGCCUCGCUGGUCCCAGAAGCGGGCUCCGGUGAGGUCUCUAGGGCCGAUGGCACAAUGGGUCACACACAGCCACCCCAGGAUUCUUCCUCCUUUAAUGGCUCCUUAGAGGCUCCAGCCAGCCACAGUGAAGAAAGUCCUUCUCUCCCGCCCUUUGGGGUAAAGACUGUCCUGGCCGAUUCUGUAAAGAUCGAGGUUGAGCUGCAGACUGCAGAAGCUAUGCAGAAAGACUUUCUGGAAGAUGUCCCAUCACAAGCCGUGAUCAGCAGCAUGGUAGAUUUGGCUUCCACCAGCCAGGCUUUGGGUGAGGCUCCUUCUGGUGAGAAGGCAGCUGGCGAGGAGGAGGAGGCCUCUAGGAACUGUGCCCAGGAGCCACCAGUGAGGUGUGACAGACACAAGCCCCCCACAGGCUCAGGACGAGACUCUCCAGGCUACUCUGUGUCCCCCGGAGAGACAGCUGUGGAUAAAAAGCCAGAGACACCUGUGCAUGAAAAAGCCAAGAGGAAGUCCCCCCGGCAUUGCAGUGAGGAUGAGGAAGAAGCCGAUGGUCCCCCAGGGCUUGGUGAAGAACUGUCCUCCAACUCCCUAAGGGGCAGCAUCAGCUUGGAGACCCUCAGCAGCCCCAGUGAGGAAGGCCUGGAUUUCAAGCCCUCGCCUCCCCUCUCCAAGAUUUCCGUCAUUCCCCACGACCUCUUCUAUUACCCGCACUACGAGGUGCCCCUGGCUGCGGUUUUAGAGGCAUAUGCGGAGGGUAGGGAGGACGAGAGGAGUGUGGACUUGGAGCUGGAAGAGCCCAUGGACUGUCUGCCCGACCUGGAGCCCAGUGAGGACAACGCCGAAGGCCCUUUGAGCAGCUGCAGCUUCUCAGGCCCGGGCCAGGGUCUCCCCAGCGCCAGCAACCAGGUGCUGCCUCCCAGCAGGCACACUGUGGUGGCCACACCAGCCUCAGGACCCGCUCCCCCAGCCCUGAGUGGGGACCAGCAGCCACGGGAGGCCAAGGAGAGCAACCCUGUUGGGAGCCAUCAGUCCCCAAAAUUCCCAGACUCAGAAAACACAGCAAACUCCUUAGAAGAAAAGGUAAUGGAAGAAUCAACCAGCAGUAAAAAAAAGGAAAAAAGGAAACAUGUGGACCACGUAGAAAGCUCCUUAUACAGAGCACCUGGAAUUGUUCAGUCCUCAGAAGACCUAGAAGACAACAUUGGCGACCACAGGGUCCCUUCCAGGACUAGUCACAGUGACUCCAGCAUUUACAUUCGACGUCAUACGAAUAGAUCUGCGGAGUCGGACCAUAUUAGCUUUGUUCAGUUGAGGAAUGCAGCAGAUGUGGAUGACAGAAGAAACCGAAUGUUAACCAGGUACAAUACUCAGAAGCUCAUUGAGCUGAUUUUACAGUUUUAUGGCAUCAGAGCAGACAUGAAGAGGGAAUGCAAACAUGCCGGGAUGUCUAUGAAAGCCAGUAGCUCUGGAGAAGCUGAGUCGCUGGGGAGCCAGAGCAUGCCGAGUGACUCCCUGACACAGCUGGUCCAGCAGCCGGACAUGAUGUAUUUUAUCCUCUUCCUCUGGCUCCUGGUCUACUGUCUGCUGCUCUUCCCACAGCUGGAUAUCAACAGGCUCUGAUGCGUGUGUCUGCAGAAUAAAAAAAGACAGGACCCUGACCAGGA